GGUGGGGCCGCGCGCUUCGCGGUCGUUAUUGGCCGCUGCGGGGACGUUACCGCAGCGCCGGUGGCGGGAUCAGCCUGGUUGGCCGGACGCGAGGCCGCUGAGCAGUCACCAUGUCCAUCUUCACCCCCACCAACCAGAUCCGCCUCACCAAUGUGGCCGUGGUGCGCAUGAAGCGCGCCGGGAAGCGCUUCGAAAUCGCCUGCUACAAAAACAAGGUCGUUGGCUGGCGGAGCGGCGUGGAGAAAGACCUGGACGAAGUUCUGCAGACCCACUCGGUGUUUGUCAAUGUCUCGAAAGGUCAGGUGGCCAAGAAGGAAGACCUCAUCAGUGCCUUUGGGACCGACGACCAGACGGAGAUCUGUAAGCAGAUUCUGAUGAAAGGCGAGGUUCAGGUGUCUGACAAAGAGAGGCACACACAGCUGGAGCAGAUGUUUCGGGACAUUGCGACGAUCGUAGCCGACAAAUGUGUGAACCCCGAAACAAAGCGGCCCUACACCGUCAUCCUCAUCGAGAGGGCCAUGAAGGACAUCCACUACUCGGUCAAAGCCAACAAGAGCACGAAGCAGCAGGCACUGGAGGUGAUCAAGCAGUUGAAAGAGACCAUGAAGAUCGAGCGUGCUCACAUGCGGCUGCGCUUCCUGCUGCCCGUGGGUGAUGGCAAGAAGCUGAAAGAGAAGCUCAAGCCCUUGCUCAAGGUCAUAGAGAGUGAAGACUACGGUCAGCAGCUGGAAAUUGUGUGUCUGGUUGACCCUGGCUGCUUCCGGGAAAUAGAUGAGCUCAUCAAAAAGGAGACGAAGGGCAAGGGGUCUCUGGAUGUGCUCAGCCUGAAAGACGUGGAAGAAGGAGACGAAAAGCUGGAGUGAGGGUGUCCUGCUGCCCAGCUCUAAAACACAAACCUGUUUACUUUUCCGAUGUGAUAACUGUUGUAUUUCUGCCAAAUCCUCGCUCAGAUGAUUUGAAGCGCUCCAUGUGUGUCAAAACAUGCACACAGGAAAGGAAGUCUCCCCCCUCCAGAAGUGUAAGAAUGUGGGAUUAAUUCUCUUGUAAUUAGAGGUGGGGCCAAGGCUGGUGUUUGGCUGUCUUGUCCCUUUGUGGGCCUCUCAGGUGGAAGCUCUGUGAGCCCGCUGCUCUGGGUGAGUCUUGGGGAGAGGUUGCAGGUUGCUGUGAGGUUACUAUUGAAGGGGUAGUUUUGUGUGAGGGCACAGUGUGUGGAGAAGGAAAGCUGUCUUGUCUUCUGAUACCAUGGUGAGAAGUGUACAGAGAGGUGACCAUAUAUCAUGGGGCACAAUGUGCACUGUGAACGUGUGAAAACGGCACCCACGAGGACUGUGCAGGGUUCCAGCCUUCCCACUGACCAUGACCCCAGACCCUCAGUGGUUCUCAAGUCAUGUGCCCUCAUUCUGAAAGUGUCUAAUAUAUACUAAUAGAGCUGAAACAAUAUACACUCAAUAAAGCUGUCCUUAUUUUGAUCAAA